AUGUCUUUCUUUCGACGACGCACCUUCCCUGAAGACAUUGACACUGACGACGAACUGAACGAUGCCGUCGACCCCGAGCUGCGCCUCCGCACCGUGCGGACGGCGGCGUCCACGCUCGCAGAAUCAAUACGGACGGAGCAGAGGGUCGAGCGCAGGAAGUCGAUGAGGAAGAAGGGCUCGCGCUUCUUCCGGAGAGGGACUGAGAAACGGCGGACGGACACUGCGGAAUCUGGCACUCCUGCAGCGGCGGCUCAGAUUCCUGGCGCGCGGCGGAACAUCUACGUCAACUACACCCUGCCUCUCGACGAGGUGGACCACAACGGAGACCCUAUUGUGCGGUAUGUUCGGAAUAAAGUACGGACAAGCAAAUAUACGAUUGUCACCUUCGUGCCAAGGAACCUCUACGAGCAGUUUCGUCGCGUCGCCAACUUGUAUUUCCUCGCAUUGGUCAUUGUCCAGGUCUUCCCUAUAUUUGGCGCACCAUCGCCGCAGACAUCCGCGUUGCCGCUACUAUUCAUUCUCUGCGUGACGGCGAUCAAGGACGCAAUCGAGGACUACCGGCGAGCUGUCCUCGAUGAGGAGGUCAACAACUCGGCGGUCACCAAACUCGGGAACUGGCGCAAUGUCAACCAACCCGUGGACCCUCGCUCGUGGUACGAGAAGAUGCUGGGCCUCAACCCGCCAGGGAAGCUCACACGCGGAGUGAAGAAGCUCCGCGAACGCGAGGCCGGCGAAGGAAUGGAAUUUGUCCUCAGCAAGAGCGGCGAGGAACGGACAAGCAUAGACAUCUACGGCGCCGGACGGAAGUUGGACGAUAUCCAGAGUGUCGACUCACACAGCUAUCCACCACAGGAGAAUCAGUCCCCCGUACCGCCAUGGGCGGGCUCUGGAUCGCUUUCCGCGUACCAACAGUCAAUACACGCGCGCUCAUCAAUAGGCGUUGUCGACUAUACCAAGCGCGUAUCUGGCCUCGCGCGAUGGGAGCGGACACUAUGGAAGAAGCUCGAGGUCGGUGAUAUCGUGCUUCUACGGGAGAACGAGCAGGUACCCGCGGACAUUGUCGUGCUGUCGACCUCGGACCCCGACAACAUGUGCUAUCUUGAGACGAAGAACCUGGACGGCGAGACGAACCUGAAACCCCGGAAGGCUGUGAAAGCGACCGCUUCGAUCGGGUCUGAGGAGGACAUCGAGCGCAUUUCGUUCAUUCUGGAUUCGGAGCCCCCACACGCCAACCUCUACCUGUAUCAUGGCGUCCUCCGGUACAAGGACGCGUCGUCGGGCGAGCAGAAGCAGGAGUCGGUGACCAUCAACGAGCUCCUCCUUCGUGGCUGUACACUCCGUAACACGACAUGGGUCAUCGGCUUGGUCGCGUUCACGGGCGCGGACUCGAAGAUCAUGCUCAACGGUGGAGAUACGCCCUCGAAGCGGUCCAAGAUCGAGCGGGAGACGAACUUCAACGUCGUGGUCAACUUCGUCAUCCUCAUCCUGAUGUGUGUCACCUCUGGCAUUCUGAGCGGCUACCUAGAUUCCAAGGCUUCCACGAGUGCGAAGGAGUAUGAGCAGGGCGCCGACCCUACCAGCUCGUUCGUCCUGAAUGGAGUGAUCACAUUCGUCUCCUGUCUCAUCGCUUUCCAGAACAUCGUCCCCAUCUCGCUAUACAUCUCCAUCGAAAUCGUCAAGACCAUCCAGGCGUUCUUCAUCUCCCAAGACAUCGACAUGUACUACAAGGCGCUCGACGCUGCAUGCACGCCGAAGACGUGGAAUAUUUCAGACGAUCUGGGGCAGAUCGAGUACAUCUUCUCGGACAAGACGGGGACGCUCACGCAGAACGUCAUGGAGUUCCAGAAGUGCUCUGUCAACGGCAUUGCGUACGGCGAGGGUGUCACGGAGGCCCAGCGAGGUGCGGCGAUGCGGGAGGGCGUGGCGGACGCGUUGAACCCCGAGGAGCAGGACAUCCAGCUGCACUUGCUCAAGCAGCGCAUGCUGGACCGGAUGGCGCAGACGUUCAAGAACCGCUACGCGCAGCCGGACCACCUCACGCUCAUCUCGCCCAGGCUCGCGGACGAUCUCGCGGACCGCAGCUCUCCGCAGCGCCAGCACUUGAUCGAGUUCUUCCGCGCCCUCGCGAUCUGCCACAGCGUCCUGUCCGAGCGCCCAGAUGCGAACCGGCAGCCCUACCACCUGGAAUACAAGGCCGAGUCUCCGGAUGAGGCGGCGCUGGUGGCUGCGGCCCGCGAUGUUGGAUUCCCCUUCGUCCACCGAGCCAAGGACUCGGUGAACAUCGAGGUCAUGGGCCAGCCGGAACGCUACAUUCCCCUCCAGCUGCUCGAGUUCAACAGUACGCGGAAGAGGAUGAGUGUCGUCGUACGUAACCCGUCCGGCCAGCUCGUGCUCUACUGCAAGGGCGCGGACAGCGUCAUCUACGAGCGCCUUGCUGCGGACCACGACCCGGAGCUGAAGGCGGCGACGGCGCGGGACAUGGAGGCGUUCGCGAACGGCGGGCUUCGCACGCUGUGCAUCGCGUCUCGGUAUCUCACCGAGCAGGAGUAUAUGGACUGGGUGCGCACGUACGAGGCGGCGACGAAUGCAAUCAGUGAUCGGGACGAGGAGAUCGACAAGGCGAAUGACCUCAUCGAGCACUCGCUGCGCAUCCUGGGCGCGACCGCGCUGGAGGACAAGCUGCAGGAGGGCGUGCCCGAGGCGAUUGAGACGCUGCACAAGGCGGGCAUCAAGCUCUGGAUUCUGACAGGCGACAAGGUCCAGACGGCUAUUGAGAUUGGAUUCAGCUGCAAUUUGCUGAAGAGCGACAUGGAGAUCAUGAUUUUGUCUGCGGAUUCGCACGAGGCGGCCCGGCUGCAGAUCGAGGGCGGGCUGAACAAGAUCGCCUCUGUGCUGGGCCCGCCGUCGAUGGACAAGGCGCAGCGCGGGUUCGUUCCUGGUGCUCAGGCGGCCUUCGCUGUGGUCAUUGAUGGAGACACCCUGCGGCACGCGCUCAACCCCGACCUCAAGCAGCUGUUCCUGACGUUGUCCACGCAAUGCGAGACUGUUGUCUGCUGUCGUGUCUCUCCCGCACAGAAGGCCAUGGUUGUCAACCUGGUCAAGGAGGGGCGCAACGCCAUGACGCUGUCAAUUGGUGACGGCGCGAACGACGUGGCCAUGAUCCAGGAAGCAAACAUUGGGUGUGGUCUCCUCGGACACGAGGGUUCGCAGGCGGCCAUGUCGGCCGACUAUGCAUUCGGGCAGUUCCGGUUCCUCACGAAGCUGCUUCUCGUCCAUGGUCGGUGGUCAUACCAACGAGUGGCGGACAUGCAUGCGAACUUCUUCUACAAGAACGUCAUCUGGACCUUUGCCAUGUUCUGGUUCAUGAUCUUCAACAGCUUCGACGCGACGUACUUGUACCAGUACACGUUCAUUUUGCUGUACAACCUGGUGUUCACUUCAUUGCCCGUCAUCGCACUCGGAGCCUUCGACCAGGACAUCAACGCCAAGGCCGCUCUUGCAUUCCCGCAGCUCUACGUGCGGGGCAUCCGUGGCCUUGAGUACACGCGACUCAAGUUCUGGAUGUACAUGCUGGACGGUCUCUACCAAUCUGCCGUCGUCUUCUUCAUCCCGUACUUCAUCUGGACGCUCGACAUCGCGGUCUCGUGGAACGGCAAGACGAUCGAGUCUCUCGCCGACUUCGGUACGACUGUCUCUGUAUCCGCCAUCAUCGCUGCGAACACCUACGUUGGCAUCAACACCCACUACUGGACUGUCAUCACCUGGUGCAUCGUCAUCGGCUCUUCCGUCAUCAUGUUGGUUUGGAUUGCGAUUUACUCCGCCUUCGAGAGCAUCGACUUCGUCGACGAAGUGGUCGUGCUCUUCGGUGAGGUGACCUUCUGGGCCUCCGUCCUGAUUUCCGUCGUCAUUGCCCUAGGUCCGCGGUUCCUCGUCAAGUUUAUCACAUCAACCUACAUGCCGCUCGACAAGGACAUCGUGCGCGAGAUGUGGGUGUUGGGAGACCUCAAGGACCAACUCGGCAUCCAGCACAGGCGCGAGCGCAAGAAGGGUAAGCUCGAACAAACGCCUAUCUUCCACCAACCUCAUUGUCGGUCAGAGUCGGAGAUCAGCCACCAUGAGGAAGAUUACUCCACUCCGCCGAUGCCGCGCACGCCCAUCACCGAUGGCUCCCCUCGUCCUACCGCUCCUCUCAUGGCCGGCGAGUCUCCCCGGCCGGACAAACUAGAGGAGGGGACAUACAUCAGCAGAGGUCUAGACGAGAACGCGUACGUCAACAGAGGCUCGCCGACGCCCUCUUUGCGGGCGCAGUUGUCGACGAGCCCUGCGUCGCAGAGGAUGUCCUACUACUCUGUGUCUGGGAUCCCGGCGCCUUCGCCCCUACCGGAACCGAACCGAUACCACUCGUAUACCCGCGACUCCGCCCGCACGACCGCAUACCACACGGAACCACCUAUGUCCGCCGUAUCCCAAUCAUCCUACGAGAUGCGGGUCCGCACACCAGAGCAGCAUCAGCAGCAACAACAAUGGGCGGGCUACCCUCAACAGUACCAAGAGCCCAUGCACACACCGAUGGAGACCGAGGACUCGUAUGCGACAGCGUACGACGGGUACUCGGACCCCGGCUCGGAGGCGCCGACGCCAACGGCCGCGGUGGCGCCACAACACCAACAGGAGGAAUCAUGGCGAAGUAGUGCGUACUCGUACUCGGGGCCGCACGCGCUGUAG